AAAAUGGAGAAUAUGUUCAUCAUAGGCUUUACAUUAGCCAUUUUAGGAAAUAUUCAUGGAGUUGCGACUGAAGCUAUAACGCCAUGCCCGGAUGACUGGACUGCCUACGAAGGCUCGUGUUACUCCUUUCAUUCCCAUAAUGCAACAUUCACCGAGGCAGAACACUACUGUCAGAACCACAGAGCUCACCUAGUGCACGUGAAUGAUGACAUCGAGAACAGUUUCCUCAGAAAUGAGAUACAAGAACGAAGCAAGAUAAUUUUCACUCGUUGA